AAAUUAAUGAUCAUGAGCUCGUAUUUGAUGGACUCUAACUACAUUGAUCCGAAAUUUCCUCCAUGCGAGGAAUAUUCGCAAAAUAGCUACAUCCCAGACCACAGCUCUGAAUAUUACAGCCGCACGAGGGACACUGGCUACCAGCAUCAUCACCAGGAGUUGUAUCCUCCGCGAGGGAGCUACCAGGAGCGCCAGUUUAACUGUGCAAGCAUCCCCGAACCCGAAGCCCAAAGGGGGCAUGGGAUACCACAUUCAGGGCACCUGCUUGGUGGGAAAGUGCAACCAGCUCAACGUGAACCCCCAAAUUUACCCACCUCCCCUUCUACCCCAUCGGCUAUGCCUUCCACCUGCAGCCAAGCCGCAUCGGAGCAUCCUAGCGUCACAGUUUCUACAAAGCAACCCAUAGUUUACCCAUGGAUGAAGAAAAUCCACAUCAGUACCGUGAACGCCAGUUACAAUGGAGCAGAACCCAAACGGUCGAGGACUGCUUACACUCGCCAGCAGGUCUUAGAAUUGGAGAAGGAAUUCCACUAUAAUCGCUACCUAACUCGGCGAAGACGCAUCGAGAUUGCUCACUCCUUGCUUCUGUCUGAACGGCAGAUCAAAAUCUGGUUUCAGAAUCGCAGGAUGAAAUGGAAAAAAGAUCACAGGCUGCCAAACACUAAAGUGAGAACCACAGCUUCCACAAGCGCAUCCUCCGGGUCCAAAGCAACACCGGCAGGCAGCGCUGUGGUGGCUACUGUGGCUUCUAGCAUGGUGGAAGUCUCCGAGGAAUUGUCCAGAGUGUCCGGAGUAGAACGAAACAACGAUGUAACAAGGUUAUAAAACAGAAAUUCAUGAU